GUCCUAUACAUGAAUCUAAACUCUAAACACAACAUCUAUGAAGCACAUGAGUUCUAUCAAUUUUUAACAAUUAAUUAUAAAUUUAUAAACAUAUCACAAUGAAACCUAGUACAUCUAAAGCUAAUAAACAUGGAUUAUCUAUAAUUGAUAUGUUCUCUAAACAAGUUGCUAAAAGAAAGCGGAUGAGCAUUGAUGAAAAUAAUGAAGAACAUUUACAAAACUGUCAAGAUGUUAAAGGUGAAGAUAAUUUAUUAAAUACAACUGAACAGGAUAAAGAAAAUAACAAUCCACAGACAAGUCAAGAAUAUGCAGAUGAACAUCAGGAAAAAAAAAUUAAGACUGAAAACAACAAUACAGAUAUUUUUAAAUUUCAAAUUAAAAAGACAAAUAAUAUAUUUCCUGGUAAAUGUGAAUACUGUCGUCAAAAAUUAAAUGAUGAAAUAAAAUUUUAUCCUGGACAUCCAAAUGGUGCUGUAGAUGAAGAAAUUGCUUUGAUUGAUUCAAGAUUAUGUUUAUUUAAUGGAAAUGAAUCUUUUAUACAUGAAAGUGAUGAACACCCUCAAAAUAAAUUAACUUAUUUUAGUGUUUAUGAUAAAAAUGGCCAUUUAUGUCCUUUUGAUGCUGGAUUUAUAGAGAAAAAUGUACUGUUAUAUUUUUCUGGAUAUAUGAAAGCCAUUUAUGAAGAAGAUUCAUCCCCUGAGGGUGGAGUACCAGCCAAAGAUAUGGGUCCAAUAAAUGAGUGGUAUGUUUCUGGUUUUGAUGGAGGAGAAUUAGCCCUUAUAGGUUUCAAUACUGCAUUUGGUGAAUACAUUUUAAUGGAACCAUCCGAAGCCUAUGCUCCUUUUAUGGAUGUAGUUAAAGAAAAAAUAUACAUGAGCAAAUUGGUUAUUGAAUUUCUCUUAGAUGAAAUUAGUCCAAGCUAUGAAGAUUUACUCAAUAAACUUCAAACAAUUGUACCACCAAAAGGUAUGACAAAAUUCACAGAGGAUUCUUUAUUGAGACAUGCACAGUUUAUAUGUGAUCAAGUAUUAUCAUUUGAUAAUUCUGCCGGCUCUGAUGAUGUCCUUUUGAUUACAACUCCUUGUAUGCGAGCAUUAGCAAAUCUCGCGGGUGUUACGUUAGGAAAAAGAGCAGCUCUUCGUCGAACACAACGUCGAGAACAGAAAGUUAAAACACCUGGUUGGACGAAAGCGACCACAACCCAAUUAGUUAGCGAUACAUUUGAAAAUAUUUUUGCUGAUCAAUUAAGUAAACAGGAUGAUAAAAUGAAGAUGGGACCUAAAAGACAAAGAUGCGGUAUAUGUGAAAAUUGUCAGCAACCCGAUUGUGGUCUUUGUAGUUCUUGUAAAGAUAUGAUCAAAUUCGGAGGAACUGGAAGAGGCAAGCAGGCUUGCAUUAAAAGAAGAUGCCCAAACAUGGCCAUACAGGAAGCAGAUGAUUCUGAUCUUGAAAAUGAAGAUGAGUAUGAAGCUCUAAUGGAAAGCAAGAAAAUUGAAGAACAAGAAAACAGAAAAACAGUUUUUAAAGAGUUCAAAAAAGAUAUUGUAUGGACUGGAGAUCAAAUUGCUGCUGAUAAUUUAAAAACGUUCUAUAAGUCUGUUACAGUGGGCGAUGAGAGAAUAGAAAUAAAUGAUUGUGUACUUGUAGAACCAAGAAAUCCAGCAAUUCCAUUACACGUUGCCAAAGUCGUUUACAUGUGGGAGAACAAAAAUGGUUUGAAACAAUUUCAUGCUAAUUGGUUUCACAGAGGAACCGAUACUAUUCUUGGGGAAACAUCAGACCCUAUAGAAUUAUUUUUAAGCGACGAUUGUGACGAUGUCCCCUUCAAAGCUGUUAAGACAAAAUGUACUGUUCAUUUUAAAAAGCCACCAGAAAAUUGGGCCGAAAUAGGUAAUACAAAUUUAAGUUUAGAUGAUGAAAUAAAAGAUGUGGAUGGUAGAACAUUUUUUUAUCAAAAACGUUACACGCCUGAAACGGCCAGAUUCGAAGAUCCUUCAAUAGAUCCAGAAUGUCCUCGUAAGGAAACUAUUCAUCGAUUUUGUCCUGCUUGUGCUCGUUUAAGAGCAUUACAGCAGUUCAAUACACCGAAGCUAUACGAAUUAAUAGAAGAAAAAAAUAGCAAAGAAGUUGUUUAUGGAGUAGUGAAGUACAAGGGAGAAGAAUACAGAGUGGGUACAGCUGUAUUUUUACAACCAGAAGCUUACAAAUUUAAACAUAAAAUUACAUUUCAAGAUACUAUGAAGCCAAAAAAGAAAAAUGUUGAUGAAGAUAUAUAUCCAGAAUUUUAUAGAAAGUAUUCUGAUCAUGUGAAGGGUUCAAAUUUAGAUACCCCUAAACCAUUUUGCCUGGGCUACAUAAAUACAAUAUACGCUAGUACAAAUGAUAUGAUAGUUUCACCUGCUGAGAUUAAUAUCAAAGUAAACAAAUUAUAUAGACCAGAAAACACGCACAGAGAUGUUUCAUUAAUGGAACAAGUUGAUUUAAAUAUGGUUUAUUGGAGCGAUGAAAUAUGUAAUAUUAAAUUCGCUGAAGUUGUUGGCAAAUGUUAUCUCGUUUAUUCUGAAAAUUUAAAUCAGUCCAUUGAUGAAUGGACUGCUUCUGGACCAAAUCGUUUUUACUUUAACGAAGCUUAUAAUGUACAAGAAAAAUCAUUUGAUGAACCACCAUAUCAUGCUAUUGGUAUUGGUAAAUGUGGUAAAAGUAAAGGUAACUUGAAACUUAAAGGUAAAAAGACUGAAGAAAAAAAGAAGAAAAUAUUCGCUAAUCAACCAAUCGAAUAUAAGACUAUAUUCAGAAAAUUAAAAACGUUGGAUGUGUUUGCUGGUUGUGGUGGAUUAUCCGAAGGUUUACAUCAAGCUGAUGUAGCUGAAAAUCUUUGGGCCAUAGAAAAAGAAGAACCAGCCGCGUAUGCGUACCGUUUAAAUAAUCCUAAUACAACAGUAUUUACAGAAGAUUGUAAUACGUUACUGCAAAAAGUAAUGAACGGUGAUACGAUAAACGAAAUUGGUCAGAAACUUCCUCAAAAAGGUCAAGUUGAAUUGUUAUGCGGUGGUCCACCGUGUCAGGGUUUUAGUGGAAUGAAUCGUUUCAAUUCACGACAAUAUUCUUUGUUCAAAAACUCCCUUGUUGUUUCUUAUUUAGCGUACUGUGAUUACUAUAGGCCUAAGUUUUUUAUCAUGGAAAAUGUUCGAAAUUUUGUAUCUUUUAAGAAAAGUAUGGUUUUGAAAUUGACAUUAAGAUGUUUAAUUCGCAUGGGUUACCAAUGUACAUUUGGUAUUCUUCAAGCUGGAAAUUAUGGUGUACCUCAAACUAGAAGAAGAAUGAUCAUUUUAGCUGCUGCACCUGGACAAAUGUUACCAAAAUAUCCAGAACCUACACACGUAUUUAGUAAGCGUGCCUGUCAAUUAAGUGUAUUAGUAGAUAAUAAAAAAUAUAGUUCAAAUUGUAGUUGGAAAGAGUCAGCACCAUUAAGAACGAUCACCGUCAAAGAUGCAAUGUAUGAUUUACCAGAAAUAAAAAAUGGAUGGAAUAAAGAAGAAAUGCCGUAUAAUAGUGAACCAUUAUCACAUUUCCAAAGAAAGAUGAGAGGUAAACAGUAUCAACCUGUGUUAAAAGAUCAUAUAUGUAAAGAAAUGGCACCUCUUGUGGAAGCUAGAAUGGCUCAUAUUCCAAUUGCUAGUGGUUCAGAUUGGCGUGAUUUACCAAAUAUAGCUGUGAGAUUAAACGAUGGCACUUAUUCGAAGAAAUUGGAAUAUACUUAUGAUGAUAAAAAGGCUGGAAGAAGUUCUACAGGGGCAUAUCGAGGAGUGUGUAGUUGUUGCAUUGGAAAACCGUGUGACCCUACAGAUAGACAAUUUAAUACUUUAAUUCCAUGGUGUUUACCACACACAGGAAAUCGUCACAAUCAUUGGUCGGGAUUGUACGGAAGAUUAGAAUGGAAUGGAUUUUUUAGUACAACUAUCACGAAUCCUGAACCCAUGGGAAAACAGGGGCGUGUAUUACAUCCAGUAGAAACUCGUGUGGUAAGUGUACGAGAAUGUGCUAGAUCUCAAGGAUUUCCUGAUUCGUUUCGUUUUUAUGGCAAUAUACUUGAUAAACAUCGACAAGUUGGAAAUGCAGUUCCACCUCCUCUUGGUGCAGCUAUUGGCCACGAAAUAAGGAAAUGUGUACAAAAUGAUGAAACAAUAAGCGAAACUAAUGUAGAUACACAAUUGAAUAACAAUUGCAUUAAGUCUGAUACACCUACUGAAAGUUUUAAAGAAGAAAUAAAUGGUGAAAAUUCCAAAAAUACAUUUUAAAAUGAGGAGAGAUCAUGAGAGGUGUUACUGCAUACGUGAAAUUAAAUUUGACGUUUCAAGAAUAAAAAUACAAUAAACAAUGGAAUCUUCUCAGUUUGAUAAUAUUUCU